GCAGUCUGAAAGCGUCAGCUGAAUCUGUCUGUAUACUAUAUUUUUCAAAAUGGGAGUAUCUGACUUGCCCGCUGGGCUAACUAAGGAUUAUAUUCAGUCAAUGCUUCGCGUUUUUCACAAGGAUACUCAGCUGAAUGUGACCAAGUUGUGGGCAAAGGCCGCAACGGCAAAGGGUGAGAAUUAUGUGGGUGUUGUGACUCGCAUUCACGUGGAGUUCGAGGAAACAGGCAGUCGUGGUGCAGUGGUGCAGCGCACGUAUCUGCUGAAGGAAGGUUGUCCAGCAGAUGCUCCGCAGGCAAGCGUGUUUGCCGAGUACGGUGUCUACGCCCGUGAGAUGGAUAUGUAUGAGUUCGUAUUGCCAAAAAUGACGCAGCUGCUCAGAGAGAUGGGUGUCAAGGAUAAGUUGCAUGCGGAUGCUAUUUGCGUCGAUCGGCAGUAUGGCAUUAUGCUGCUCGAGGACCUAUCUCUGCUUGAGUACAAAAAUGCUGAUCGUGUCAAGCAGCUGGAUAUGGAACACACUCUGGUUACUCUGGAAAUGCUUGCCAAGUUCCAUGCAACCGCUUUGAUUCUCGAGCAACGGCAUCCGGAGCUGCUUGCCAAUGGGUUUGAUAAAUGUUUCUUUGCACGUGAUUCGAAGGGUUAUGCCCUGAUUUUCACGAGUCUCUUUCGGGGGCUGAUCCGUUAUGUAAAAACACAGCCCAAACUCAAUGCUCUCUACCACGACAAGUUGGAGAUAGUUUUGGAAAAUCUAAUGGAGUAUGGUGCACGAUCCUUCGAUGUGAAUGAUGACGAUUUUCGAACACUAAUCCACGGUGACUGCUGGACUUCGAACAUCAUGUUUCAGUACGAUGCGAGGGGCAAGCCAAUGAAAGUGGUGCCGAUAGACUUUCAGUUCAGCACUCGCACCUCGCCCCUUAUCGAUUUGCAUUACUUCUUUAGCAGUUCGCUGCAGGACGAUGUCCUUGCCAAGGAAACAAAAUUAGUGCAACAUUAUUAUUAUGCCCUGAAACGCAACUUGAGUCGGUUCCAGUAUAAGGCGAAGCUGCCCAGUCUUCUCGAGUUUCAAAUCCAAUAUGAGCGACGUCGAUUUUUAAGCGUUGCCAUAGCUCUAGUUUUCCAGCCACUUAUGAUAUACUCGGGCAACGGUGUGCCCGACUUUUGUAAGUUGUAUCAGGAUACGCCAGAGGCACUGAGUUUUCAGGAUUCGAUAUACGAGUGUGACAGAGCGCAGAGCAUUGUGGAGCAAAUGCUAUCCAAAUUCGAUGCCAAGGGAUUGCUAGACGAGCAGUAAAGUUCAAAAGUUAAUAUUUGAAACGUUUUCAUUACUCUCUGUUUAUUAAAUACUAUUGUUAAUAAAUAAGCUUCAAGAAACUUAAGCGAACUAAACGAA